GUGGGAAGUAAACAACAUGGCGCAUGUUUACGGUUGGACUUAGUCCAAGUUUGUCGGACUCUUGGCGAUCUUUACCGCCGGUUCACAGCCGAAAUGUCGGGAUUUAGCUAGUCAUCUUUCUCACAAAGGUUCAGAGCCUGGAUUCAGUAAAAUGGCGCUGGGUGACCACAAGGCAGAGUCCGAGACGCAGGAGAAUGGCCACGUGAAUGGCGAGCUGUCCCCAGGCCCGAACAACUUCUCCGUCCCUCCGCGUGAGCGGCCCAUGGUCCACCGCGCCGCAGACGCGCCCCUGUGUGAGAGAUGUCGGGACUUGGAGCUGACGUUUUUUGACCCAGACUGCCCUGGGUGUCAGCUGCUCCUACAGGACAUGGAUCUGUCCAUCAGCCAGAUAUUCGCCAUCAUCAGACAGUGGGUGCCGCAGGUGCAGCGCAGGAUAGAUGUACUUGGAGAGGAGAUCUUGAGAAGAGGUGCUCAUGUGAAUGACCGUGAUGGGUUGACAGACAUGACACUACUCCAGUACGCCUGCAAGGCAGGUGCAACCGGCAUCGGCAGUGUGGAAGCAGCGACAAGACUGGCGGAACAUGUGAUCUCCAAGGGCGCAGACGUCAGAAUCCGAUCCAGAUGGACCAACAUGGCCGCCCUCCACUACGCAGCGUACUUCGAUGUGGCUGUGCUGAUCAGUAUGCUGUUAAAAGCAUCUGGUGGGAGAGAUGUAGAUAACUUAUGUCGAGAGUAUGACAACGGGACCCCUCUGCACAUCGCCACCACAAACCUCUGCUUCGAGGCUGCUCGCUGCCUCCUCCAACACGGCGCUGACCCAACGAUAAAGGACGGCGCCGGCCGCACGCCGCUAGAAUGCAUCCCUGACACAUCCGGCCUGGACGCCACGUCGGAAACCGCCAUCGUUGCCACAAAAAUGCGAAUCCUGCUGAAGGAUGCAGAGCCGCUGACCUCGCAGAAAAAUGCCCCUCAGUACGACAUGCCAAGCUACGAGACCGUCUCAGGGAAGGUGUUGCUGUCAUCACGGGGACUGAAACUGGGGGAGCGAGUCAUCAUCGGGGGUGUAAAGAUGGGUACUCUCCGGUUCUGCGGCACCACAGAGUUUGCGUCAGGUGUUUGGGCGGGGAUCGAGCUAGAUGAGCCUGAAGGGAAAAAUGACGGCAGCAUCGGCGGGAUCUACUACUUCAAAUGUGCUCCUAAACACGGUAUUUUUGCCCCCCUGUCCAAGAUCACCAAGUCUAACUCCCCUGCCACCACCCCCCGGGGCAGUCGUCCCUCCACCCCCCAGCGUCGCCGGCUCUCCGCACCCAAGAUGGACUUCUCACACGUCACCGCAAGGGUAGAAACAGGACUUCGGAAGAGGUCAUCUAGCAUGACCUCUGAACCGGGAGAGUUGGAGGUCGGAGAUCGGGUCAUCGUGGCAGGUCAAAGGACAGGGGUCAUCAGGUUCAGUGGGAAGACAGACUUUGCCCCAGGCUGGUGGUACGGUGUUGAGUUAGACAAACCCCGUGGGAAGAACGACGGCUCGGUGUCAGGAGUACGGUACUUCAGCUGUGAGCCCAUGAAGGGGGUGUUCGCACCGCCCUCCAGAGUCACAAGAGCCACUCCCUCUCGUAUGGGGUCCAUGGAGUCUUUGUCAAGUGUGGGGAGUGAGAUUUCGUCCGUCCACCGCACGGCCAGCAGCGCGUCAUACAGCGGCCGCAGCCCGAGAAGAGACCGAGCCCUCCUACAGCGCAGUGCCAAGGCCACCCCCUUCAAGAGAUCCCUGAGCGGCUCGGGUCCUGUGGACUUUGCCCUGACGGAGGGGAUGACUGUGCUGGUCACGAAUAUUAAUGAGCUGGGAACCAUCCGCUACAUCGGACCAGCCGACUUCGCCGAGGGGGUGUGGUUGGGAGUGGAGCUCAGAGCACCAAAAGGUAAAAAUGACGGCUCUGUGAAGGGAACACGAUACUUCAACUGCAGAGCGAACUACGGGCUGCUCGUCCGGCCGAGCCGCGUGACGUGUCGCGGAAUCAACGGCAGCAAGCUGCUGGGUGGAAGAGACCAAAAGGGCUUUGGUCCAGGGGUGAGCAUCAACCACCGCCAGAGUGCAGAGAACUCCUCCUCCUUCAUACAAUAGACUAGUCCUCGUGUAUCCCAUAAGCCACCUUGUUCAGGGGGGUUGAAGAUAAGAAACUGUACAAACUGUGGGGUGAUUAUUAGAUAGUCUCACUGUCCUACAGCAUACAUUGUAGUUUAAUAUUAUUAUCUUGUCAAAUCGUACUGUAAAAUGCCUAAAAUUUUUCCCAAGUCUUACGAGAAUCUAUGGUUUCCAAACCAAUGUAGGAAAACAAUGCAGUAGUCAAUACCUGUUGUUGUUUAGAUAAGACACGAUGGCAAUCUUCUCCGCCUACCUCAAGUCUUUUUACAGGGAAACAUUUAAAUUUGUUGGUUUCUGGCAGGAAGCAGUGGCUUAUGGGAUACAUUGUGGCUGGCCCAUUGUGUCCAAUGACUGAACAUCGAACCUUUCAACUCCAGUCCUGUUUUAUAAGAUUGACAACUGGAGUAAAAGAAGUCCAA